AUGGUGAAGAUCAAAAUGCCCUUCUCGUUCUUCCUCUUGCUUUUCCUUUUUGUGCUCUCCACCGCGGCGGCGAGCAGUCCGCCGAACGUGACGCUGCUCACGUUGGGCGACUUGUGGAAGACGCGCGGACUCACGCGGACGCAUCUGUUUCCGACGAAGACGUCGGCCGUCUAUCCCGAGUUUGCGGCGAUUCCGAGCAGCCAGGGCGACAGUCGGAUCCACUUGACACGUGUCGCGUUGGACAGGGCGGUGGCCAAUGUGGCCGAGAUGAACGGCGUGCUCAUUCACUCGAUUUGCUCCUACAGGUGAGUCGCUAACUUUGUCUUGAAAGCUUAUGGGGCUAUUCAGCGUAUGUUUGUUUACCGUUUUUUUACACCGCUGAAUUGGGUUUUUUGACGUAAAAAAACGAAAAAAAACGGAAAAAAAUCAUUUUUUUUCACAGCCUGAAUAACCCCAUUAGGCCCUAUCUCGGCGAACCUCUGUAGGUUUAGCGCAAAGCAAAAUUUUAAAAAUUCGCCGAGUAUUUGAGCAAAGUUUGAAGCAAGUUGCCCGAAAAAUGCGGUCAUUUCAGUGCUGCGCCUUUGAUUCUACCGUACACCGUUAAUCGAUGUUUCGCAACUCAACUUCUCGAUAGCCACGUGAACUUUCACAAAGCAAUUUUUAUCGCAAAGUAGUUUACGUUAGUUGCGUCGGGUUGCGAAACAUCGGCUAGACUGUCUUUCACUCAGAAAUUCGUAUUGCGCGACUCUAGGCGGCCUAAAAUUGUUUCUUGCAGACACCUGAACGUCACCUUCUACACUCUGAACACCCAAUUCGGAAUCGGUCGAAGCGAGGUGCUCAUCGACGCGAACAUGACCGAAAUGGAGCGCAAAAUGUCGGAGAUGACCGACCGGCGCAUCAAAGUGAACUUUAUUUGCGUCGGAGCCAACAACGACACUUAUAGGUAUUCAAUUCGGGAGAUCCCUCAUGUUUUCGAGGCAAAAUAGACGUGUAUUAUUGACUGGUCAACUUUGGGUGUCAACCCGAAUCAUCGUCAAAAUAAACUGAUCGUCGUGUCACGAGGCAGAGGGCGACGACGACGUUGACAAACUUCGUGUUUCAGCGCGGUGUGGCAUCACUCGCCCGAGUUCGUGUGGCACUUCAUCGUCGACUCGGGCCCCAUUAUGGAGAUCAUUGAGAAGGAUCGCGUUCAGAUGGCCCGCGGAUACUACGCCGACUGCUUCCAGACGUAUCGAAACGACAACGUGAGCCGAGCGAUCAUCAUCUGGCGGAAAGGAUUCGGCCGCAAGUACCGUAUACAGUACGGAACCGAAGUGCAGGAGAUGCUCAUCGACAUGGAGCGCAGCGAGUUGGCGCCGGUGCAGUUUGCGAGUCUUCCAAGGUGAGGUGAGCGACGAGAGAGCGUGGGGUCCUAGAGGAGACGCAGACAUUUUACAGGCUCGACAGAAAACGCCAGAUCCCCAGGUGGAUUUUGUGGCAUGGCGACGAGUUUACGUGGGGCAAUCGGAGCAUUCCGAGAGAUUUGAGCCGUGUGGAGCACACGUGGGACGCGCUGAACGCCGUCAUUGAGCAUAGAGUGAGUAAAAGUUAUGGCGUGUUCAAAAAGUACUCGAAAACCAAUGAUUAUUUCAAAAGUCGUCAACUAUGUAUAAUGGGGUUAUUCAGGCUGUGAAAAAAAUGAUUUUUUUCCGUUUUUUUUGUUUUUUACGUCAAAAAACUCAAUUCAGCGGUGUAAAAAACGAAAAAAACGGAAAACAAACAUACGCUGAAUAGCCCCAUAAAGUUGUUGGAAAUUUUGUCUUGUACAACUUUGUACUUGAACAUUUUAAUCGAUUUGCAGAUGCGAAGCUACGAUAUUCCGUCAAUCUCGAUUCACAUUCUGCGGGAUGACAAGGUGGAAUACUCGGCGGCGUACGGACUCGCCGACAUCCUUCAAAACAUCCCGGCGACCACAAAACAUCGCUAUCGGAUCGCCUCGGUGAGCAAGCUGAUCACGGCGAUGACGAUCGGAGAACUGCUCGCCGAGCACGAGAACAUUGACCUGCUGACGCCGGUGUUCGGAGAAUCGGGCAUCCUUUCCGACGUCUGCUCGCCAUGUCAUCCCUACCUCCUGCACGUCCGAAUCAUUCACCUUCUCGAGCACUCUUCGGGCGCGUGGCCUCACACGAGCAAAUUCGAAUUCGAUUGGAUGGAACAGAACCAGACGGAGUUUCUGAUGCGAGUUGUACAGCAAGAGUUUCCGAUUCUCUUUCCGGGCGGAAGGCACAUGUACUCGAACAUUGGCUACAUUCUACUCGGCAGAAUUAUUGCCAAAGUGUCUGGGAAGAGCUACGAGGAGUAUGCGAAUGAGAAGGUGCUCAGGCCGUUGGGCGUGAACGCGACGAUUGGCAGAGAAGGCGAUCCGAAUUUAGAGGUAGUUAGUUACUUACAUUCAUCUAAUGCUUUUUUGGAACCUAAGAAGUUUAGGCCACCUACUACUCGCACGACAAUGCGAACGCCUACACAUCAUGGAGCACUCUUCGCCUCAACUCGGCCGCCGGCUGGGCGAUGACGGCGGAAGACGUCACAAAAGUGUUUCGUCAUUUGGAGAGUCACAAACUCCGACGCUUCCGCUGGAUCAUAACGCCGUCGGCGGUGCGCUGGAACUACGGACGGGGCGUGCAGCUGGGCAACGACGGAAGCCUCUACCACGUCGGAUCGCUGGCCGGCACCGAGGCAAUCGGGUACACGUGGCAAAACGUACAAGUGGCCAUACUGACAAACAUUCGGGGAAAAGAGCAGAACGAGCAGACGGGAUGGAUGGAGAAGCUGUGCAGGAGCGUCGCGGACGGACGGUUCAUCAGAUGA